AUGCCUAUGGAUGAAGGCCUCAUGUGGGACAUAGCUCCAGAGACAGUGGCCCAGUUAGACGCCAACAAGUAUUUUUGGAAGGUUCUAAGUUCUCUUUGUUUUUGUAUCAUGGAAAAUUCAUUUGGGUUCCUCUUUGCAGGGCAUACGGUAUUUGGAUUGCUGCAGACACUGCUGCAGAGAAUGGAUGGUGAGGAUAACUUACGUUACCUCAUCCUUUUGAGAUCCCUUCAUCGUACCUCCGCCAACGUUCCAGAGUCCGGAAGGCGAGUGCCACCGGAGCCCAUUCAGACUUCCCUCGUCUGGCCCUUCGUCGCGAACAGAAUGGCGGGAGACUCAGCACCGAUAUGCAUCAUACGGCCCUACAGAAAAGGCGACGAGGACACCAUUAGAGACAUAAUGACAGAGGCCACAAUGGAGACAGUGGGGGAUUUCUUCUGGUCCGCUGUCAUGUCGGAGGUCUUCCCGCAGGUUGCUCUCCUUGUUAUUGCAUUUGCUUUCAUUGGACUGGGGGUACCUUUCUAUUUCUGCCUGUUCGGCAUACCAGUUGCAGUGGGUGUGAUAUAUGGUGUGAUUUGGUCAGCUCACUUGUUCAAGGCCAUGGAACUCCAUGAAGAUCUGAACAACAUACAGAAAACAUAUAUGGAAGAUCCUGACACUGGAUUCUGGGUUGCUGAAGUGUUGGAAGUCAGCGAGGCCAAUGAACUUGAUUCCCUCGUUAACAAAACUAAAAAGAUUGAAUAUCAGUUUCUUACUGAAGAAGAAUUUCAUGUGAGAAAUAUAAACAUAGAUGGCUUCAGGAAGCAUCUGGUUGGGACUGUUGCUAUCACCAAGUCUCAGCGAGGAGGACUCAGGGCUUGGCUAAGACGCAUGGCAGUGAGGAAGGCUUACAGGCGCAGGGGAAUUGCCAUGCAACUCCUGGAGCAGGCCAUCCAGUUCUGCACAGACAGGUGCCACGAGGGGAUUGAACUCAUCACAACGGAGUGCCACUAUAAGGCACGUGAACUGUAUUACAAGAGAGGUUUCACAGCAGAUCACACCUAUUACAAGUACUAUUUCAAUGUGCGACAGCCAAUGUACCUCUUCUCAAUGCCUUUGAAGCCCCCCAAAGCAAACCUUGCUGAAGUAUCAACUAUGUAGAGCAUAAUCCUGUCAAUGAUUAUGCUUGUUGACACUUAGUCUAGAUUCAUAAUGAGUUGUUACAUACAUAUUUUGAUCUUCCAAGGUGAAUGACACCAUUUCGGAUAGAAAAUGAAUUUAUGAACAAGAAGGCUUUAUGGGGAUAUCAGAUAGUGCCUUAAGGUUGUUUUGUUGUUAAGUAGUUCCUAGAUUUUCAAUGAGGUAGAAUUCAGGGUGAUGUGCAGUAGAGAUAAAAGCUGUAUUUUUUUUUUCUUUUCUUUUCUUUUCUUUUCUUUUUUUUGUGAGGGGGGAAUAAUCUGUAGAGUUGAGACAUCAUAAAAGCAAUGUGAUAAUAAUUUUAAAUACUGUGAACUAAAUGGUAUGAACUAAACUUUUUUUGAUAUGUCUCUAGGGGAACUUGGAAUUAUUUACAACCUUUGUUUGGAUUUUGAUAUUCUUUUGAAGGUCUGUGAUGUGCAAGAUGCACACCAUUUUUUGUAUGUAACUUUUCAUCUCUUAUUUUUGUCUCAUGUAGUCCCUGCAUGACUGAAAGAAACAUGUAAUUAUGUAAUUUAAUGCUUAUAUUACAGUUUUUUUUAAAGCUUGUAAAGAUUUUAGCAAUCCUUGAAAGGUAAAUCAGAUUAACUUGUCACAAAUUAACUUUUUUAUAUGUAAUUUUCCUUCACUGGUACUGAAAACAUGAUAUGCUAUACUGAAAGUUUCCUGUCCAUUCUCUUUUCUUCAUCUGCUCAAUAUUGAUGGUAUGUUUCGUGAUAACAUUAAUAGUUUGACCUGCAAAUGAAUAAACAACCAUGAUAGUCCCAGAAUCUCAUUUUGUGUUCAUGUUCUUUGGUAUGAUUUUAUUAUUGCCAUAGAUGAAUUAUGUAUUGGUGCAGCUCAUUUUUAGAGGACUUACAGACAAGGAAAUUGGAGUAUAAGAAAGUUAUAUUCCACUGAUCUGUUUCCAAGUUGGGAUUAUUUACAUAUUUAUGUAACUCGGUACAUAGGAUCAAACAAAUAUGUUAGUUCUGAAAAAGAGUAAGAUUCUUUUCUGCUUAUACUCAUUUUUUCCUUGUAUGCAUUCCGAAGUUACUUUGUUUCACAUGGUUUUUACCCAUCUUCUAGUACAUCAAACAGAAGCAUGGGAUUAGUUUCACUGAUAUAAUAAGACAUGUAUAAAGGGAUUUAUACCAAGUCAUUUAUAUUUCCACACUUUGAAGUUUUGUAGUGUUGCUUGUAUAUAUUUCUUGUUUUAUUUUUGUAAUGAAUUGCAUUGUACAUUACUCUUCAUUUUUCUAGGAGUUACAAGGAAAUACGAAGAUGGAACUGUUCCAUUAUUUAUAAAUGAGAGUUGACACUUUACUGAAUAUACUUCCUUUUAAAAAAGUAUAUUGUAAAUGUGUUAAGUGUAAAUUAUAGUAGAAUGAAAAUUUAACUGGAAGAUCAUUUACUAAAAUUAGAAUGUUCAUAGUCAACAUAUAAUUGUGUUGAAGGACAGUUCCAAUGCCAGUGGUCCAUCUUUUGAGAUACAUUGUCAUAUGUUGUAUUUCCGGAAAUGAAUUUAUAUAUCAUUGUUACAUUUAUUUUUGUAAUAUGAUGCCCACAAAUAAAGGAACACAUUGGUA